CAUCAACCCAAUCCGACGCCAAUAAGCAUUCUUCCUCCAGCGUCCACUUUUGGAUUGACCAUGCUGCCUCAGUCAUCGUGCCUUUCGCUUUGUGGCUCUUCCGGCGUGCACUUUUUUUUGGUGCUGGAUGGUCCCGGUUGAGUCUCUGGAACCGAAUCUCGCUCGACGUACCCCGAUUGUUGCGUCUUGAACAUCGGCGGAUGAUUCCCGUAUUGUUGGAAAUACCACAUCGCGGACUCGUGAGGCUCGAGAUCGUCGGGGAAGAAGCCGGAGCCGGAAGGAUUCAUGUUCAAAAGAGAGUUGGAGAAUUGAAGAUUGAUAACAACGGAUACGGUACUCUUCACGGUAGGGUCAGUACCGUCCGGUACUUAGGUACCGUGACCACGGUACAGCCUACCGCUAGGGUAUUUCUCUCCGAUCUUCACGAGGCCACAAUAACCAAGGCACUCCGUGUCAAGAAAGCAAACAUGGGAAGGUCGCACCUCAAGAAUGCCUCGUUUGGCAAAGAAGUGGGUGAGAAGCAUGUCAUAGGGUUUGUUUUGGCGGCCAGAGCACUCGUACAUGUGUUGAAUUAUGAUGGAAAGGAGAUUGAUUUUCUUGUGAGUGUGGAGGAGGUAAAGGAGAGUGCAUUCAUAAAUCCCGACUUGUUUAUCCUUGUUAAGGACGGAAAUGACAUUUUCCUUGAGGAUUUUGAGAAGAAUGAACUUAUUUGCGGUCAAGUCUUGGACGUUGGGCCGACGAAGGAAAUAGUCCAGAUCCUCAAAGACAUGGUCAAGAACAAUAUUGUUGAGAACACGAAGGCAAAAAUCCGAGUUGAAGUCUUGGGAGUCGGAAAUCCACCACUUUUUGCAAUAGAAGGAGACUCCUUGACGCUCAAGGUGGAACCUUUCAGAAAGGUUUUGGGUAUUGAAUCCGAAGGUUUUGCCGGCAACAAUGGCGUAUUCCUCUCCGAUCUUCACGAGGCCACAAUAACCAAGGCACUCCGUGUCAAGAAAGCGAACACGGGAAGGCCGCACCUCAAGAAUGCCUCGUUUGGCAAAGAUGUGGGUGAGAAGCAUGCCAUAUGUGAGGAGGAGGUAAAGGAGAGUGCAGUCAUAAAUCCCGACUUGUUUAUCCUUGUUAAGGACGGGAAUGAUAUUUUCCUUGAGGAUUUUGAGAAGAAUGAAUUUAUUUGCGGUCAAGUCUUGGACGUUGGGCCGACGAAAGAAAUAGUCCAAAUCCUCAAAGACAUGGUCAAGAGCAAUAUUGUUGAGAACACGAAGGCAAAAAUCCGAGUUGAAGUCUUGGGAGUCGGAAAUGCACCCCUUUUUGCAAUAGAAGGAGACUCCUUGACGCUCAAGGUGGAACCUUUCGGAAAGGUUUUGGGUGUUGAAUCCGAAGGUUUUGCCGGCAACAACGGUGGUAAAUGAGGGGUCUUGCUGAUGAUAUUUUAUUGAGGAAUAAAAUUGAUUAACGAGGUCUGGGUACACGGGGGCUUGGAGUCGAAGAAAGAAACUCUAACCUUGUUCAUGAAUUAGUUCAAGAACGGCGACGGGGAUGUCAUCUUGCUUAAGAGUUCCCCCUUAAUGAUAUGUGGGUCGGCGUAAGCAUUGAACCCGGCUUGAACAUCAGGUUGAGCAUCGGUUUGAGUGAAAGGGCAUAAGUAAAUCAUUAAAUGAUAUCGUUACCUUUACACAAAUUUUUAAACUCGUAGGAGUACAUCUCGGUGAUGCUAAUAAAGCUAAUAGAGGUUU